AAAAAAUAAGUAGGUACGUCCGUAAGAACGACAGCUGUCAGUUUAUGGCCAAUUUUUAGGUUACUGCUGCAUGACGUAAAAGGAGAGGUUAUGUUUACAAAAUUUGUGGCCACCUUGCGUGUCUGUAUAAUCAAUAUAGCUUAUUCUAUAUCUUAAUAUAUUAAAAUGGGAAGACGUGACAAGAAAAGGGAUAAGAAUACGAAAGACACUACUGAAUCCAAUGCAGAUAUAAGUAACUAUAUAGAAGAGGAAAAUUGUGAUGUUGCUGAUAAAUCUAAUAACAUUAAUGAUGUAAAUUUUUCGAACAAACGGCCACUAGACGAAAGCGAAGGUGACAGUGAUGCAGAAACGAAGCCUAAGAAACCUAAAAAGAAAAAGAAACGUGCUGUGCCUUCAGAAGAGACCGAAACUACAAGUAAGAAAAAUAAAAAGUCCAUUCGUCAAAUGAAGAAAGAAAAGUUUAUUCAACGCCAAACAGAGGCAGCCGCAGCAGCAAAAGAUCAGUUAAAAUCUCAAUGUCUCAAUUACUUAUCACAGUGGAAACAUGACCGACAAAAUUGGAAAUUUAUGAAAGCUAAACAAGUUUGGCUCUACAAAAAUAAGUUUUCAAAGCUCCUUAUACCUGAAACUUCAUGGCCUUUAUUGUUAGAAUAUUUUGAGUCGGCACAAGGCAAUAUCCGAAAAAUGUUAUUGGAUGAUGCCAACAAAAUAAUCAAACAAAUGGAUGAAUGGACAGAAUCCCAAGUUAAUAAUGAAAAGGACAAUGAAAAUGAAGAAGUGGAAGAAUCAGACCAUGCAAAACCUGAUGAUGUUAUAUAUAAUAGGGCACGAAGUUUAAUACAAUGCUUACAGGAAUAAAACAAUAUCUUUUUUU